CUUUCUCCUCCCAUCAGCCAACAGUUUCCGGCACGUGACCGGAGAGGCCUCUUUCCUUUUUUUUCUUCUUCUAGAGACUCUACUGGAGACACGCGCCAUGCCUCUUGCAAAAGAUUUGUUGCACCCCAGUCCUGAGGAGGAAAAGAGGAGACACAAGAAGAAGCGGCUUGUUCAGAGUCCAAACUCUUAUUUCAUGGAUGUCAAAUGUCCAGGUUGCUAUAAGAUCACCACAGUGUUCAGCCAUGCUCAGACAGUAGUGCUGUGUGUGGGCUGCUCCACGGUCCUGUGCCAGCCGACAGGCGGAAAGGCUCGUCUGACAGAAGGAUGCUCGUUUAGGAGAAAACAACACUAGUGGGAUCAAACCUGGCUGCACAGGUGACAAAGAGAACUUGAUGGACAUCAGAUGAUGCUGCCAAAGAUUUAAUUCAGUUGAAAGGAAAAAGCUGAAGCUUUCUGUGGAAAAGAAAUCACCAUCCUGUCUGGAAUACCUUUGAUUGUUCUCUCUAAGUAGUCCAGGGGUUCUUAAUAAUUGAAUUAUUUCAAGUUUUAUCAUCCUGAAUCCCACUCUUUCAGCUUACAAAGUGAGAAAUGCUGUUAAUUUCUUGCUCAGGAUCAGGAUUUACUACUUUAGGACAUACUUUUGUCAAAAAAUUGAUGUUUUGAAAUGUUGCUACCUAAUAAAAUUGAUUAUUGCAGAUCCUGGAAAACACUAAAACUGUUUUUAACGAAAGGGAAAUGCUGUAGCUCACGCUACGGCUAAUCUUUGCUGCAGUUUUAUGUUAGUCUUAACUCUGGGCAAUGAUGUCUUCGAGGGCCACAGAGGAGUCGACAUGACGACUGUGUCGUCACUCGGUAGAUUCUGGGGGAAUGCUAUUCUUUCGUUUCCAAGACGCAGCACCCAGGGGCGAUGUGUUAAAUGAUAAUGGGUAUAGCUGUGGGUUUGAGCUCGCAAACUUCCUGUGGGAUGGAUUGAGAUCAGAGAGAUUGUGAAUAUUUGAAGCAUCUUUCUGCUGAGGUAUGGGGGGGGUGGCCAUCUGUACCGCCUUUCAGGCAGAUAGCUUCCUUGUACCUUCUUGUGGCCUGCUUGUUUGUGGAAGCAACUUGUUAAUAAAGUCAUGGGAAAGGUAA